GCGAGGGGCUUCUGAGCUGCGCGGACGUGGCGUGCCGCCUCCGCCACGCGGCUUCAGCUCCGGAGCCGCAAGAGGCUGGAGCGUCGUGUGUGUGUGCAACUUCAUCCAAUGCGAUGUCGCACAGCCUGCCCGAGUCCAAGAGCUACGACCUGGCUGAGAAGCAGGGGCUUGCGGACUUCCUGAAAGAUGCGGACAUCCGCUUGGUGCACACCCCGGGCUGCAGUGUUGAAUCUGCAAUGCUGGAAAGGCCUGCAGCCAUCCGAUCUUGCCUGCUGUGCGUGAUAGUCAACGUGUGGCGGAUCAUACCUUUGACAGUUUUGCUGCGUGAAGCAAUGAAGUGUCUUGCCCAGGUGCGAGCCGACUUCAUUCUGAAGCUGCACCGGGAAGGACAGCGUCUCCCGCGGCGCCAGGAAGCGGAGUCCGCCUACGUGGAUUGCCGCACUGCGCUUGUGACCCACGAGGAGGUGCAAGUCUGGGCCGAUGGCAAGGCGCCUGCCGGCACCAAGGUCGUGUCGCUGUCGCACUGUUGGGAGUCGCGGGAGCAUUGCGACCCCUACGGAUACCAAGUUUCGAAACUAGCCGAGGCUCUUAAGGGAGAGGAGUGGGUGUUCAUCGACUAU